AUGCCUGCCACCCCGCAGUGCUGGCUCCAGAAAGCACACGGGAGUCCGCUAACAUCCACCGCUGCUUUUGCUGUGAGCCGUGCCUGCAGCCGGGGGGAGCUACACAGGUAUCAUCCCUCAUGAUGGUGUGGCUGCUUCCCCAAGGUCCGAGGAGUCAGCCCUGAAGGUGAAGGAAGAAGAGGGUGCUCUGAUAACCUGUCUUAUGGGACUGCUUUCUCUCAGGCCUUCUUGGGCAGCCCUGAGAGGAGCCGCGGUGUCUCCUCCUGCCAGGCAGUCGUGAACCUGCACAACAAUGAGGCUGGGAGGGAGGCUCUCCUGGCCCACAUGAAGGUGCUGUGCAAGUGGCGCGGGGUGUCGGGCUCCUGCGAGGUGCGCACCUGCUGGAAGCUCCUGCCUCCCUUCCGCCCCGUGGGCAACGUCCUCAAGGAAGAGUUUGAGGGAACAGAGGUUUUCCCGAAGCGGGUCGGUUCCCGCCAGAUCCUGGUGCCCAAGAGCUCUCGCUUCAAGCUCUACACGGCUCACGGCCUGGUCUGCCUGCGCAGCCGGGACUUGUGCGAGCAGGACCCUCGGCACCUCGGGCACCUCGGGCACCUCGGGCCGCCGAGCAAGCGGGCACGGCCGGCCGGGGACGGCUGCGAGCCGCGGGGCUGCGGCAGGGCCGAGGUGCGGGAGCGCUGCAGCUGCAAUUCCGCUGCUGCUGCAAUUCCGCUGCUGCUGCAAUUCUGCUGCUGCUGCUCCAUCAGGUGCAAGCAGGGCCGGCACCCCGUGGAGGUGCACAGCGGAGUCCCUCAGGGCCGCUGCCCAGCGGUGCCAUCAGCUCCCCCCCAGCAGCCUCCCGCCUGCCGCCGUGGGCUGUUGUGGUUUGAAUUAUUUUUCCCGGUGGAGGGUUGGAGGACACAGGCCAAAUAA